GGCACAUACACACACAAUCGACCAGGCGUUAACAGUAUGUAAGUAUUUAACAGCAUGUUAACAUUUCUUAUCGAUAAGUCAAACCAAAAGACUGGCAACUCUAACAGCUGAUUUCACAUAUCCCAAAUCAAAACAAAAGGAGUAGAAAAAAAAAUAGAAACAACAGCAAAAUUUUGAAAUCAGAAAACCUUGCACAAAGCAAAACAAAGAGGAAACAACAAACGCAAACGGCAAAACAAAUGCCCCAACAAAUGCUCAAGGUGGCGGAGGACUGGAAGAGGACGUGUAUUUUUAUUUUUUUUGAAGAAAAUCCAUUGGAGAUGUUGCCCUUGCCGUUGCCUAAAUAAAAGUUAAGACCAAGUUGGCUGCUGCUCCUCCAAUGUGGCCAGCUGCCUUGACCCGCCUCCUAAGACGACGCAUCAUCUAUAUAGUGAUUGUCCUUCUACUUCUAAUCUAUAUACUUGGUCAUUUUUUUGAUCGGAAUCCGUUUAAUACCCUGCACUAUGAUGAUUACGUGGUGCAACGUACACGCCCCCUGCUCUGGCAUCAACAGCUCCUGGAACCCGAUGAACAGCUCAAUCGCACACAUGAUCCUGACCAGCAUUGCCGAAAUUCUGUACAGGGUAUCCAAUGGCUGGCCGAUGAACUGGGCUUUGUGUGCCAACGUGAGCAGAUCUUACCCAGCGGCUGUUGCAACUCGGAACUGCCCGAUGUUAGCUAUUAUAGUUGCCAUACCUGCAAUCAGACAUCGAUGUGCUGUGAAAUUUAUGAAUAUUGUGUCUCCUGCUGUCUCCAUCCCGACAAGCGUCCCUUACUCGAAACUAUCCUGGAAACGGUCAAUGCACAAAGAUAUAUCUAUGCCCAGGUGGAGGAUCAUUUCGAAUUGUGUUUGGUCAAGUGUCGCACCAAUUCCCAUUCCGUUGAGCAUGAGAAUAAAUAUCGCAAUGCCAGGACAAAGCAUUGCUAUGGCCAGACCGAGGCACACGAAUCCCAACGUGAGGUGGCACCACAAGGACAAAAGAGUUGAGCCAAUCGAAUAUAUAAAAAAUUACUUUAGUUUUAAUUUGCUUUUUAAGCGCUGCCAAAAAAUGUUUUUACAAAAAAUGCAGGUGUAUUUUUUUUUUAUAUAAACUUUUUGUUUGUUGAUAUUAUGUAAAGAAAUUAAUUGAAAUUACUUGCAUAAGUCAAGUAAACAUGACUAGAGAUUAGUUUCCUAGAUCCUCAUGUCAAUUCAUAGCUUCAUGAAAGUGCAAUUGUUAAGGAAAUUAAGAUCUAAUUUAAGCAACAGUUUUGGGCUUUUAAUUAAUAUAAAAAGUCAAAUGUUAGUUUUAAGUUUGGAAUGGAGAAGAGAGAAAGAGAGAGAGAGAGAGAGAGAGGGGAUAGUUUCAUUUAGAUUGAUAAGUAAUUUAUAUGAAUUAAAUGACAAGAAAAUUGA